GUACAAAAUUACAAGGCAUACAGAGACUAGUCGAAAAAAUGAAUUCCUCCGCAAAAAAAAAUCCAGAAAAUAUUCUAAAAGUUGACUGGGAAAAUGAUGCGGACUUUCUGGACGAUGCAAUUGUUCAGUCAGUAGUUUCGGGUCUCACUGUGGAGCCGCAAGCACGAGAAAAGCUCCUGAACUCCAUCUACGGCGCAGCCAAGCGCAAGAUGAUGCAAGCUCUGAAAUACGCCAACGAUGAGCAGCGCAACGACAUUACACUCGCGGACUGGAAAAAGGUGCAACAGAUGCAGGCGAAUAAAAGGGAACUACUGAGCAUCGAAGAAAAGUACGAUAUCAUUGCGAGCCAGAAGCCCGACAUGCCCAUGGCCACCAACACCGGACCCUGCUCCCGGUUGAUGCUGCCCCCAUGGCGUCACUGCAAGCUGGGUCCAACGGCCGUCCUGAAGGAGAAGUCGCGUUCGCGGAUCGCGCAGGCACCACCGAAGCGUGGUGCUGCUCCCCCAAAGCAACCUUCGUCGGCAAUCCCAGCAACUACAAGGUCGUGCAACGUCCCCUGGCUACAAAGGCACCGCCAAAGAGUGUUGGUGGAGCCGCAACAUGGAAGCCUGCUGCACCGAAAGCUGGAAAUUUAGGCUGUCAGUAGGUAGGGGAUUCCUAUUCCUAUUCUUUCCACACAUUUCUGAGUCUGAACACAAACAUUAACGUAAUUUUGUACUCAGCUGAGACCAGCAGCAGCUGUUAAAUCUAAUUUUUAAAACUACACGAACUAAAAAUCAAUUCAAUUUUAUGCCACACUUUCCUUGUUUGCGCGACAAUCUACACAUAUUAUAAAUACA